AGACAUGGGUAUAUAAACGGGCCAUUCUUUCAACCUCUCACAGCUCUCACCACUACUCUACACGCAACAUGACCAUGACAAUCAGAAUCCUCUUGCUCCUUGCUGUCACUGUGUGCAUCACUGCAGCCCAGCGCCCUGUGAGCCAACGUUGUUUGUGUCGGAAGGUCCGGGACAAAAACUUUGGGGGCAUAAAAUCAGUGGAGGAUGUCCAGAUCUUCCCGCCAUCACAAUCCUGUACCAGGCUGGAGAUUAUUGUUAGUCUGAAAAACGGAGUGCAGUACUGCCUGGACCCCAAAAUGAAGAUAGUGCAGAACCUUCUCACUCGCCUGAUGAACAAGCCUGCUCCCCCAACUGUUCCCAGUCCAACUGAGGUCCCCUAAAAUUAGAGCAGCAAUGACUCUUCUGACAACUGACUCCAUGUCUCAAGCUCUAUAGUGGAUCAGCUCGGACUCCAGACUCCACUGCUGUCCUAUAAUGUCUGAUGUUUCUUCGCUCUCAGUGUUAAAAAACUUGACACUGUCUAAGCAAUGUAAUGCACAAGCUACAUUUCAUACUUAAUUAUCUACUUUUGUACAUGUUCAAUGUAUAUUUCAAAUGUGUAUUUCUGCAAUUAUUUUUGUUUUGCAAAGUUUUUGUCUCAAUCCAGUGAUACAAAAUGAUGCAAGUGAACAUUAAUAAAGCUAUUUUCUUAUUAUUUUUACUG